AAGCUGCACAGCGCGAUUCGAAGCGGACUGCGGCAUCGAAAACGUCCGGGAGCAAGAUAUACGGCAUUUAUUUAUUCAAAACUCGUGUGGCGUGGUAGGCAACCAAACCACCUAGGGAUGUAGACUGGUUGCGCGCUGGUGGUGUUUAACCUGACUCGGAUAACCACACCGAAACUUUUCAAUGAUUCUGUUUUUAAAUAAAACUCAGUUUGCUAACAGAAUUUAUUUUUCAUCACUGUGUUAGGUUUUGCGUUUGUUUUUAGUAGUUUUGAGGGUUUGAGGGCGUUGUUUAUGUGCUGCACUGUGAAGUUUAUUUCAAUUAUCUGCUAAGUAGGUAAGUCAGCACAAAAAAAGAGUGCGGAAUCCACUCUGGCGGGCAAUGCAAAAACUAAAAACAAGGAAAAAGUCAAAAACAUAAAUCUUAAAAAGCUGCAGGCGAGCAGCCUCAUGUGUAAGAUAAACAGUUGAAGACUCGCCUUCGUGUUAAAUUUUAACACCCUGCAAGGAACUUCUACAUCCGCAGAUUAAUAAUUUCGACUUCAUCUUUUCGUGAACACGCGGGGCUUAAGUAGCGCCAUUUGCAACCCAUUUGGCACAUUUAAACAGGCAAUUACAAAUUAUCAAAAAAAAAAAAAUUUUUAAAAACGUUUCUUUCGAAGUUUACUGAAUAAUUUCAUCUACAAAAUUAUAUCCGAUGAAAAUAUUUUUUUGAUUUUUGUUUUUUUUUUUCGCACAGGUUGUAUGUACUCAUAAGAACGUGAUACCCAGUCGGUGGUAAAACUAAUAUCCACCGUCUAGACGUUGGCGAAUCUGCCGAAGACGCAUGCGGCCGUCGGGGAGUCGUGAGCCUCUCCGGCGGCGGCUGAGGCUUUAGUCGGCCUCGAGAGGACCAUCCGUCCGAGUUCCGAAGCCACCCCAUAGAUAUAUAGGGCUUGGCGCACGGUGUUCUCAUUAAAUCCCCAGUCGUUAACCCUAACGAUAGGUCUGACGGUUUUCGCCAACCUGCCGAUCCAUUAAGAUGUCCCACCGAAAGACGCAGGUUAUUAUGUCCUGAGCAAACGAAGAUGGCAACAGUUUAAGUCUUGACUUACUCAAACCGUAAAUCCGAAGACAAACACACCAUUUCGCGUUUGCCGAGUGAAAUUUAUAAGAAAGGCAAUAACGCGCGUCCGGGAAUCGCUGCGAGCAACAAUAACGGCGUUGAUUGCGCGCCGCCGCCCGCGUAUCGAAAUAAACCCGCGGUGCCCUUGUUGUGUGCCAAUCAAUUGUUGUGUGCGUUAUAAGUUGUGGUGGAGUGCGGACGCUUCGACGAGCCAAUGGACUGUGACAACGAGGUCGUAAUGAAAUCGGACGACGAGAUGCCCAGAGAGAAGACUGCCCAGCAGACGGCCACCGGCGGCGCGAAUCAUAACAAUCACUACGGCACAAAAAUGAAAAACUCCGAGUCGAGAAGGAUGGUGGACAUAACGCGAGAUAAACCCAUUAAAGUUGCAGUACGGGUUGUUGUGCCCGUUCGUGAUCAUCCGAAGUUCAACUUUGUGGGCAAGUUGCUCGGCCCCAAGGGAAACUCUUUGAAACGCCUGCAGGAAGACACAAUGUGCAAAAUGGCCGUGCUGGGUCGCGGGUCCAUGAAGGAUCGACACAAGGAAGAGGAAUUGCGGGCGAGCGGUGAUCCGAAGUUCCAGCACCUAAGUGAAGAACUACACGUGGAAAUCAGCGCGUUCGCCACACCUGCGGAGGCGCACGCUCGCAUCGCCUACGCGCUCGCUGAAGUGCGACGGUUCCUGGUGCCGGAUUACAACGAUGACAUUAGGCAGGAGCAAAUGUGGGAAAUGCAGGUGCUGUCCAGCCAGCGCAACAACAACAAGGGCGACGAGGCGAGCGGCAGCGGCGGCUCCAGCUCGGGCACCGAGUAUCCCAACGACGACCGGCUCAGCGCCGACACGAACGACGGCGGUCCGGAGAGCCCCCAAGAGGAGCAUCCGGCGCUGCGGGGUCUGCAGCCAGUUACCGCCUCGCCAAUGGGCACCGACGUGACCGCCACCGCCAACGGCAUGAACAACGGCCAGACAUCGCCCAGCAACGGCGCGCCGCCAGCGGCCGCCACUGGCGUCGGCAGCACGCACUCGGGGGUGGCCGCCGGGCGCAAGCGACCCCUGCUGGCGGGCGGCCCGCGGACCUCCAUGACCCCCACCAAGCGGACGGUGAUGAGCCUCCUGGCGCGCGCCCGCGCCGCGCAAGCGAAACAAUUACCGACCACCUUUCAGCGAGGAACGCCCGAACGUACGACGACACUGGUCCCCCUGCUUCGUGAGGACUACCUAACCGGCACCGUAAACUUAAACCUAAUCUAAGUUGAUUGCGUUUCGUUCGGCAAAUGUGUGUAAAUUAGAUUGUCGCAAUUCGUUUCCGCGAUGACGGUUCAGUUCGAAAGUCUGGAAGGCAAACAAAUAAAUCGGCCGCAACUUUAGUGGGUCGACGGAUCGAUCGGCGCAUGAAGUUUAUUUUAAUCCGACGCCGUGGGUAACGAGAGCUUUGUUUUUGGCGAAUUCGUCGAUUACGGUCUUGGUUGCUAUUUUUACGCUCGUUCGACGCUAACGAAUUUAAGAUUGGACUAGACAUAUCCAACAAGCAAAUGUUCAAGACCAGACACGUACAAUCAACAAAACAAAACAAGAAACAAUCGAAACAAGUAAAAAGGCUUCGGAAUAAAUUUUGAUACUUUGGUGCAAGAAUCGAAGACACAGCUCGUUACAAAAUGCAAAAAAAAAAAAAAUGACUCCGACUGCGUGUUGAUUUAAAUUUAAUUCGUAGUUGUUUAUCUCUCGUUGUGCCAAGAGCGUAAUCGUAAAAAUCUUUUAUUCCACUUUUUUUAUUCCACCGAAGUUUUUCGAAAAGUUUUAUGUCAUCACCACACCAGCCGCACGCACCUACACUCGACAAUGACGAAUCGCUGCGAGUGCACGGCGCGAGAAUAAAAUAUUUAUUACGCUAAAAAUUUGUUGUGCGCAUUUUCCCACGUGGAUGGCGUGGCGGUGAAGGGCAGAGGAAAUUGCGAUGCGGAUGAUUACCUACGUACAUACAUUUAUAAAGCAAAACACCAGUCAGUCCAUCUUUAAUCAAUUAUAUUAAAACAAUGCACGGACCAACUAAUAAUCUAUAAUUUUAUUAUUAAGAUUAAUCAAAUGGAAACUAUUAUAUUACGCUAAAUUAAAUUUACAAAAAAUAUAGUGAAAUUAUAUACAUACAUACUAAAAUUAUCCAAUGCUUGAUUUUUGGUUGAAUUUAGUCGAAAAUGCAAUCAGAAUCAAAGAAAAAUAGAUUUUUUGAAUUUUUUGUUAAAUUGUGCAGUUGCGGCUAUUUUGUUUGGCACUAAAAUAAUUUUACUUUUAUUCUAUUAUUUUGUGAGUAGAUAAAUUUAAAAAAGUAAAAACAUUGUAAAUUGGUUGAGUCAUUUUUUAGUUAUGGACAGUUAAACAUUAUCGACUUUUUUUGUGAAAUCAAAAUUUACUAAAGUUAAAUUUUAAUUGCUUGUAACUUUUUAUCAAAUUACAAUAUCAAAAUAAUUUUUACAUAAGUGAAUAGAGAAUUUAAUUUUAAACCAAAAACAGAAGAAAUAAAUUAAUUAUUGUUGCUCAUUGUUUAGUUAUAACAAAAAAUAUUGAAGCAUUACCUAUAACUUUUUAUUAAACUCCAAUAUCAACAUAAUUUUUUAAGAACUUGAUAGAAAAUUUAAUUCAAAUUCAGAACAGCAAAAAUAAAUUAACUGUCGCUAUUUAUUUUACAGUUAUAACAAAAAAUAUAAAAUUAUUUUUGUGCGUCAAGCGAAAUUCCCGCAACUAUACAUAGUUAAAAAUGAUUAAAAUUAAUAUUACGCCGGUUAUUAAAUGUAUAAAUUUUAUAAUCACAACGAAUAUGUCAAAUAUGUCAAAUUGGCCGGAUGGAUUGAGUACGAAUAAGUCUUGAAUUUAAUCGGAAUGCAAUCGAAUUGAAUAAACGCUGCAAAUUGCAUAGCGCUGCGAGUUUUUAAGUUAAAACGUGAACAGUAUUCGCAGAAAAGAAUUUUCUAAUAAAAACUAUUGACUAUUGCAUACUACAAUGAGCAAAUUUUGUUUUUCUAUGAAUAAAUAUAGAAGCACAUAUCGAAAUGCUAACAACUAUUGUUAGCGAGUGUAAGAGACACACAACAUUUUGAAAAUAUGAAAAUCUUUAUAAAACCAGAUAAAAAUGCAAAAGGAAUGGAGAUUUUUUCACACAAAAAUGGCUGGAAUUUAUGGAACCACGGAUUACGUAAACGGGAUUAGCACGUAACGAAUGUUAAUAUGAACAAUAUAUUUGAUAAAGUAAGCGUUAAACUUAAAGCCCCUAAACUUAAAACACACACAAAAAGUGGAUAAAAAUAUGUCAAAAACAAAAAGCUAAACAGCUAACUGUUGUUCAGAAUGUUAUUACGGAUUAUUAUAACUAUAGUCUAGCGAAAGAAUAAACUAAAAACAAACACACACUGUUCUUGCAUUCUAUAAACAAAUGAGAAGAAACAAAUUUAUCGAAUACGAAUAGUUGCCAGAGAGAUAACAGGAAUAUAUAGAAUUUUAUUAUUAAAUACGGUUAAUUAAAUUUUAAAGAAAUGAUAUUUCUGUAUAAAUGCCACAUGAUAAAUAUGCGCAUUUGAUUAAACAAAAUGCGAAACCAAAACCCACACACAUACACACAUGCGUAGCGAAUUUGAAUUAAUUGAUUGCAGCAUUGAUGAAUUAAUUAUUUAAUAAUAAACACUAUUAUUACGAGUACGAGUAUUUUAAACUAUUAAGGACGACAGGGCGCACGUGGAACUAUUGACAGUGAAUUGCAAGCGUGAAACCGACGAAUUGAUAAUUAUAAACAAUUGAUAGGUAAAGAUUAACGGAUAACUAAAUUUUAAUAAAAUUAAAAUUAAAUAUACAUCUAAAUACAUUGUAAUUAUUUGCGUACGUGUCUCAUGGAUUAAAUGAAUUAAUAGAAGUUAUUUUCAAUCACUUCUACUGCCAGCUAGCGGAGAAAACUUUAAGUUAUUACUUUAGUACCGUAAUAGUGUCAUCUGUGGUACAAAUUUUGAAUUAUAUAAUGUAUUCUUGGUUAUCUAUAUUAAAUUUUUAUAAAAAUGUCAAAAAAUGCACUGGAAAUGAUUGAAGAUCAUAUAUAUCCGUUUGAUUUUGUGUUAUUUCAUGAGGCAAUUCAAAAAUGUGGUAAAUUGCUAGUACCUUGCUAAUAAAUCUUAAAAACUUAAAGAAAUCAAAACAAGAAUAGUAAAUAUGUUGACUAAUUGUAAUUUUAAAGACGGAAUACUAUAAUAAUCAGACAUUUUAAUGUGUACAUGCUAAACAAAGAUAAAAAGGUUUUAAUUGGUACCGAAAAUAAUUGUUAUCAUGAAUUUCUCGUUACAACUUACAAUAAUUGCACCAUUAGUACAAUGUUUUAAAUUGGCCAACACAGGAUGCGUUCCUUUGUUCUGUUUCACUCGUUUUGUAACGGUUUUGAUUGAUUUCUACAGCAAUUAAACACGAUGGAGUAAUGCGUGUUGUUGCGUUCGAUAUAAAUAAAUAAACUUCGAUAAUAAAAUGUUCUACUAUAAUAUGAAGCAUUAAAUAUACUCUGCCGUUUGAAGGUACAAGUUUUCUUGUUAUUGAAUUGCAUAUUUUACGUUUUUGGAUGUAUGUAAAUUAAAUAAACCAAUUUUUAAACGAUUUAAUCGGGACAGAAUUCAUGAACUGACGCAGGAGGCUCUAUGAGGAGACAGUAAAUUUUAAAACGCUAACGCGAGACUCUAAUUAAUACAAGAAUUGAAAUUUACUCAUAAUUGAAGAAUUGAUAAAUGACAAUGGUUAUUAAAAUACAAACAUUGUAUGUAUCCUGUAAUAUGUGUAUAAAAUAAUAAAUGAUAUGAUAACUUUGCGUA